UAUCUAUACAAAACUCACUUAACAAUGGCUUUCACUCCCAGAGGACGUGGUGGUUUCGGCGACCGUGGCGGUAGAGGUGGUGGCAGAGGCGGAUUUGGCGACAGAGGAGGUCGCGGCGGCGGCAGAGGUGGUGCCCGCGGUGGCUUCGGUGGAGACCGUGGAGGCCGUGGUGGCGCUCGCGGUCGCGGCGCUCCUCGGGGCCGUGGUGCUCCUCGCGGCGGCGCCGCUGGCGCGCGUGGUGGCGCGAAAGCUGUAGUGGAGCCUCACCGUCACGCCGGCGUAUUUAUCGCGAGAGGCAAGGAAGACCUUCUUUGUACCAAGAGUAUUGCACCCUCGGUGUCGGUGUAUGGCGAGAAGCGCAUCACUGUCGACUCUCCCGCCCCUGUUGUUGAAAACGGCGAGACUGCUGCUGCCACAAAGGUCGAAUACCGUGUCUGGAACCCCUUCCGUUCGAAGAUCGCCGCUGGUAUCCUCGGUGGUCUCCAGGACAUCUACAUGAAGCCCGGCAGCAAGGUCCUCUACCUCGGUUCCGCCUCCGGUACCUCCGUUUCUCACGUCGCUGAUAUCGUCGGUCCCACCGGUACCGUCUACGCCGUCGAGUUCUCUCACCGUUCAGGCCGUGACCUGAUCAACAUGGCUACCCACCGUACCAACGUCAUCCCCAUCGUUGAGGACGCCCGUCACCCUCUCAAGUACCGCAUGCUCGUCGGCAUGGUCGAUGUCAUUUUCGCCGAUGUUGCCCAGCCCGAUCAGGCCCGUAUCGUCGGUCUUAACGCCCACUUGUUCCUCAAGGUCGGCGGUGGUGUCCUUGUCUCCAUCAAGGCCAACUGUAUCGACUCGACCGCUGCCCCCGAGGCCGUCUUCGCCCGUGAGGUGCAAAAGAUGAGAGAGGAGCGCAUCAAGCCCAAGGAGCAGCUUACCCUUGAGCCCUUUGAGAGAGAUCACGCCAUGGUUGCUGGUAUCUACCAGCGCGCAGCAUAAACUUGACCCGCAAACUAAAUCGGUUUCGCGCGGUUGCGUUUUGUUUCUACUGUGUCAUACGUGUACGAUCUUCUUGCUUACAAAAUGGGAGUGUCAGAGGAGAACGGCUAUUUCUUCUCUUGUGGCUUUUGGGAAGUGGCGUUUUGUGGUGCAAACAUUCAUCAUCCUGGGAGUUUUACGGGCUUAAAGAGCGUGAAAUGCAACAUUUUCUUAUUUCUUCU